AUGUCGAGCCCGGCGCCUCUUCCCCUCGACCACAACCCUUUCGCGGACGAGCCAGAAAGGGCCGACCACACGACGGAUUCGGGCGCUCUUCAUGGUGCAGCACGGAAGAAUGGGAAUGGCGGCUUCUCGGACGCCGAAAUAGCCGGUCUUCAGGAGCAGCACUGGCAAGACCAAGAUCGCCAUCUCGACGCGCUCUCGGGCUCACUCAAUCGACAACACGAGAUGAGUCUGCAAAUGAACGAGGAGCUUGACUUGCAUCAAGAGCUUCUCGAAGAGUACGACCACCACGCCAACCGCACUGGACUGCGAUUAGGAGGUGCCACGAGUCAAAUGGACCGGCUGAGAGACAGUCUCAAGGAUCAUGGUAUGGUCUGGAUGCUAGGCGCAUUGAUCGUGGCCCUUAUUCUUCUGAUCGCAUUCUUCAAGUGA